AUGCAUUACUCACCGCCCCCAAAAGGCAUCUCCCUGACUGGGGGCACAGUGUCUUUUGUGACACGUUUGGAUCUGGGAGAAGGGAAAUGCUUCUUUCUUGUUUCUGUUUCUUCCUCAAGAGAUUUCCCCCCCCCCCCACUUCUUUGCAGGUAUCUUUUUACUCUUCAAAUAAAGAAGGAUUUGGCUCUGGGAAGGCUUCCAUGCAGUGACAACUGUACAGCGUUGAUGAUAUCUCACAUCUUACAAUCAGAACUGGGAGACUUUCAUGAAGAAACAGAUAGGAAAUAUUUGGCACAAACCCGGUACUUACCGAAGCAAGACGAUUUAGAGAGCAAGAUCAUGCACUUCCAUCAGAAGCACAUUGGCCGGAGCCCAGCUGAAUCUGACAUUCUACUACUGGACAUAGUGAGGAAGCUGGACAUGUACGGCGUCAGGGCGCACCCUGCCAGUGAUGGUGAAGGGAUGCGGAUACAACUGGCUGUUGCUCACAUGGGCGUACUGGUGUUACGGGGAAAUACAAAGAUCAAUACUUUCAACUGGGCUAAAAUCCGCAAGUUGAGUUUUAAGAGAAAACGUUUUCUCAUCAAACUUCAUGCCAACAUCUUGGUGUUGUGCAAGGAUACCUUGGAGUUCACCCUGGCCAGCCGAGAUGUCUGCAAGGCUUUCUGGAAGACUUGUGUGGAGUAUCAUGCUUUCUUCAGACUUUCUGAAGAGCCCAAAUCAAAGCCCAAAACCCUGCUCUGCAGCAAGGGUUCCAGUUUCCGCUACAGCGGAAGAACCCAAAGGCAACUUUUAGAAUAUGGGAAAAAGGGGAGGUUGAAGAGCUUGCCAUUUGAAAGGGACAUGGUUUUGAAACAUUACCCAUCUCAGUACCAUGAACGACAGUGCAGGUCCUCACCAGACCUCCUCUCUGAUGUGUCAAAACAAGUGGAAGAUUUGAGUCUAGCCUAUGGCAGUGGGUACUACCGAAAUGUGAAUGGAGUGCACGCCUCUGAGCCCGUGCUGGACAGCAGGAGGAGAAACUCUGCAGUGGAGGUGACGUUUGCAGCCGAGCUGGAGCGUUCCAAACCAGAGGCAGAUCCCACAUCACUACAUCAAUCCCAGAGCAGUCCCUCGUUCCCUUUUAUUUAUACAGACCCUGUCUUUACCACCGACCCCGAUCCUGACUAUUUUGAGGAAAGGAGUCCUCUAAGCUCUUUCCAAACAAGCUGUAAGUUUGCUGACAAUCACACGAGCACAUCUUCUGGCCUUACAAGCAAAGUGAGUCCAGCAAGGCAGCUAACUUACACAGAUGUGCCCUAUAUUUCUUGUACUAGUCAGCAGGUUGAUGUUAUGCCUCCUCAAGUCUUCUUUUAUGUGGACAGACCACCCCAGGUGCAGUCUCCAAUCAUGGCAGAGGAAAGGGAAAGGCCAGACAGCUGUCUACAGCCUACCGCAAUGAAGCCAGCCAAAAGAAGCCCAAGGAACCUCAGAAUGAAGAGAUUUCAGCAAGACUUUCAAGAACUCCAAGAAGCUACGGCCCAAACUACUGGCAGGAGCAACCUCAAUGUAGAUCUAGGAGAGGAAGAUCCAACUUUAGAAGAUGCAUUUGCAUAUAACAUUCCAGAGCCAACCCCUAAACGGUCCCAGAGCCAAUUAGACGUGAAAACUAUCCGUUUUCCUCUUGGAUCAAGAUUUAGACCUUUAGGGCCUCGUUCUGCUCUGAGUCGUAAAGCUGACCUGUUUACAUAUAUGUUUGCAGAGCAGGAGUUUCCAACAGUUUUAAUGGAUCAGGGAGCAACAGAAGGGUAUGUAGCUAGUGAAUCCAGCGAUUCGGAAUCAGAGAUUCUUAAACCAGACUACUACUCUUUGUAUGACAAAGGCAUAAGUUCACCCACGGCCAGAAUCCGCUUGUCUUCUGGGAGUCUACAGCUAGAUGAAGAAGAGGAUGUUUCUUUCAAUACAUCAAGUGCUGAGGAUAGGACUUUGUGA